GGCCUCAUACACGUACAGGGUGCACAGACACACAUGCAGACCAAACAUGCAUAUAUAUAAAUUUAAAACAAACUCCAAAGGCUGGAGAGAUGGCUCAGAGGUUAAGAGCACUGGCUGCUCUUCUAGAGGUCCUGAGUUCAAUUCCCAGCAACCACAUGGUGGCUCACAGCCAUCUAUAAUAAGAUCUGGUGCCCUCUUCUGGUGUGCAGGGAGAACACUGUAUACAUAAUAAAUCUUAAAAAACAAAACAAAACCACAAAUAUUUACUGCCUACAGUGUGCCACUCCCUCAUAAUUGUUGAAUUCCCUAGUCUGGUGAUCACAGUGUAUUUUAUUGUUUCUGACUUAAUCUCUUCUAUCAAAUGUGAGCCACUGAAAGACAGGGACAGAGUCUAACUCCUCUUUGUGACCUAUGCCCUAACACUUACUUACAGAAAACUUGGAUUUUGAACUGAAUAUAUAAGUCUCAAUUAUUUUGGCUUAUAUCAAUCAUGCCCCAUGUCCUGAUCCCAAGGGGUUGGAGAAGUCACCAGACCUAGCAGCUUUUAUUCAUUCUUCAAAUCAAGACCCUAGAGUUUUGCUAAGUUUCUCUAGGGUUCCUGGGGUGGGUGUGCAGGGGAAGGCAGCUGAAGUUUGUCCCUGGGCCUGGUAACCCGAACUGCAGGUCUCAGGUAACAACAGCCUCAGCAUCAAUAAUUGAAAUCAGGUCCAGCCUCCUUCUUCAGGGUUAUUCCUCUCAAGGACUUCCAAUUCCGGUACUCUGGUCUUUCCUAGGAGCCUUCAGCCCAGGUAAGCAGGGCCUUGUGGGUUUUCAAGCACACCAAUUCAUUCCCAAAUCACAAACUUCUUCACAUUCAUUCAUAUACUCUAAAUUUUAGCUUACACUCCCUUUCCAACCAAGGGUUUUGCAUAAAUAGCUUGCCAAGGUCAGAUGUGGGCAGGGGAGCAGUGGGAGAAAAAAGGACAGCUAUCCCCUAUAUAAGGUCCUGAGAAGAAAGCUGAAUGGUGUGAAAAGUGGGGUGUGUGCAUGUUUCACAUAUAAAGCAAAUUCUUAGUGGAGGGGAAUACAAAAGAUGAAACAGGACUGGAGAAAAUACAUAGAACCAAGGAGGAUGAACAUCUCAAGAGCAGAGCAGACAGGAAGAGCUCUUGGAUGGAAAAAAGACAGUCCAGCCUAACAUGGUAUAGAGGGUGAAUUUAUUUUUCAGACAGGGUCUCAAAUGUAGACCAGGUUGGCUUCAAACUUGAGAUCCUUCUACCUUGACCUUCCUCAUGAUGAGAUUACAAGUGUACACCAAAAUACUAUGAUAGUAUUUAUUUUUAAAAGAUUUUAUUCUAUUUUAUAUGUAUGCAUGCUUUGCCUGAAUGACUUCUGUGCACCAUGUGCAAUGCAGUGCCUGCAGAGACCAGAAAAGGGCUUCAGAUCCCCUGAGACUGAAGUUACAGACAGUUGAGAGCAACCAGAUGUGGGUGCUGAGAAACUUUGAAGAGCAUUCAGUGCUCUUAACCAUUGAGCCAUCUCUCCAAUUUGUUUUGUUUUUGCUGUUAAGAUUUUGUGUUUUGCUUAUACUCAUGUUCAUCACUGUGUGAGCCCUUGAAGGUCAGAAGAGGGGUUGGAUCUCCUGGAACUGGGGUUAUAAAUGUUGGUGAGCCACCAUGUGAGUGCUGGGACUGAACCGAGGUCCUCUGAAGAGCAGCAAGUCCUUUUAACCAUUGAGCCAUCUCUCCAGCUGUAGGCAGUGUUUUGAUACCAUUUACUGAAGCAGAGCAUAGUGGGAGUGUGAAGUGAUUUGAACACAAUGCUUUUUUCUGUUGUUUUUUGGUUUUUAAUUUUUGUUUUUAGUGUGUGUGUGUGUGUGUGUGUGUAUGUGUGUGUGUGUGUGUGUGUGUGUGUGUGUGUGUGUGUGUGUGUGUGUGUUUGGUUUUCGAGACAGGGUUUCUCCAUGUGGUUUUGGUUCCUGUCCUGGAUCUUACUUUGUAACCAGGCUGGCCUUGAACUCACAGAGAUCCGCCUGGCUCUGUGCCUCCUGAGUGCUGGGAUUAAAGGUGUAUGCCCGGCAAGCUUUUCUCUUUGGCUACACUAUAAUGAAUGGAUCAGAGUAUGGUGGCAGGAAGAUACCCCAAGAAACUGAUGAAAAAGGUCCUGAAGAAGAGUGAUGUUAGGGAAGUCAAAAAGUGGGUGGGGAUAGGGAACAAUAUAGAAAUGGAUCUCCAGUCAUGACUAAAAGAGAUAUAGUUGAGGUAGGGUGGGCUGGAGGGGUAGCUCAGUCGUUAAAGGCUAGGCUCACAACCAAAAAUAGUUGAGGUAGGGUGCUAAACACAGGCAUGGAAAGUGCAUAGGCUGGAUUCAAAUUCCAGUUCUGCUGUGUCUCUGGCAAAAGUCAGCCUCUCUCAGCCAGUUUCGAUAAGAGUUGCAACUGAUAAAGGCUGCACAAAUGACAGGCAAAUGGUACAUGUAGGUUUCCCUCCCAGCCUCCCUCUAUCCUAGGACCCAGGUAGGGACAAUGUCCCCUGCCAUUGCACUGGCAUUCCUGCCACUCGUGGUGACGCUGCUGGUGAGAUACCGGCAUCAUUUCCGACUGCUGGUGCGUACAGUCCUGCUAAGAAGCUUCAGGGACUGCCUGUCAGGACUUCGAAUUGAGGAGCGGGCCUUCAGCUACGUGCUCACCCAUGCCCUGCCUGGAGACCCUGGUCACAUCCUCACCACUCUAGACCACUGGAGCAGCUGCUGCGAGUACCUGAGCCACAUGGGCCCUGUUAAAGGUCAGAUUCUGAUGCGGUUGGUGGAAGAGAAGGCCCCUGCCUGUGUGCUGGAGCUGGGCACCUACUGCGGAUAUUCUACACUGCAUAUCGCACGCGCUUUGCCCCCUGGGAGUCGCCUUCUCACUGUGGAGCAGGACCCUCGUACAGCAGCAGUGGCUGAAAAACUCAUCCGGCUGGCUGGCUUCGAUGAGCAAAUGGUGGAACUCAUUGCGGGAAGCUCAGAGGAAGUGAUCCCACGUCUAAGAGCUCAGCACCAGCUGAAUCGGGCAGAUCUGGUGCUCCUGGCACACCGACCUCGAUAUUACUUAAGGGAUCUGCAGCUACUGGAGGCCCAUGCUUUGCUUCCAAAUGGUGCCACAGUAUUGGCUGACCAUGUGCUUUUUCCUGGUGCACCCCGCUUCCUACAGUACACCAAGAGCUGCGGCCGCUAUCGCUGUCGCCUCCACCACACCAGCCUCCCAGACUUCCCUGCCAUCAAGGAUGGCAUAGCCCAACUCACCUAUGCUGGACCUGGCUGAGAUUCAGAACCUGGGAUAUUUACUGAUACAAUCCCAACCCCAUUCAAGCAAGGACCUCAGAAUAUCCCCUUUCCCUUUUUGUUUAGUGUCCAGUAUUUGCUAGGUUCAGGCUGGGGAGGCUUUCUUCUCAACUUUGCCCGACCCCAUCCUCCAUACCGAUCCAAAGUGUCAAAGUCUCAGUCUCCUUGGUCUCACAAGGUCCUCUCCUAGAAAACCAGAGACUGGAAGCAAGAGGCUUGAGCCCUCAACCUAGUUCUGUUAUUGACUGCUCCCUCCAGGUGAGCCCUUCCCUCUUCUGAGAUUCAGUCUAUUCUCUUAACACUAAGGGGCUGGAAAGAUGGCUCAACAGUUAAGAGCACUGGCUGUUGCUCUCCAUCUAGAGAACUUGGGUUCAAUUCCCAGCACUCACAUGGCACAGGCACACAUGUGAUAUACAUACAGACAGACAGACAAAAAUCUCUAAGCAUAAAAUAAAUAAAUUACUACAAAAAGAAGACAGCUGGCUGGCAGUGCCCAGAGAAUCCCAGCUGUGAGUCUCAGACAGCUUCUGGAUGGGAUCAGAGGCAGCUGUAGAUAAUGAGGCCCUGUAGAGCAUCUGGGUGCAAGCUAGGCCACAGGAAUUAUCAACCAGAGAAGGCUGGGCCCCA